GGCGCACUAAGCCAAAGGAAGAUUCAAUCUUGAUGUCGUGGUACCAUGGGGGGAGAAUUACAUUCCUACAGUCUUAGCGCGGGAGGACAUGCGUAAACCGAACAAAGCUGUGCAGUGACGAUGUAUCUAGACUGAGCCUAGUAGGGCAUCAUGAGGAGCUGCCGCACCGAGCAUAAUAUACCUAAGCCACGCCACUGUAGGCAGACGUUUAGAAGUGCCAGAUAGAGGGCGUCUCUGUAUUUCAUGUUUGUAACUUAGGUAGGUGACGUCAUGUUUUUAUAGCAGCACUAGCUCGCUGUUGACGAAGAUGGACUACCGAACGAAACCGAUUCUCUUGGGCCUGCUCGCCAUUACUGUUGUGUCCUUGGCGGACGCCCAUGUGAAUGCAACAUCCACCGCAGCCGGAAACUGCUCAUCGGAGGCGUCGCCAUGCAAGGAAGGCAUCAUACUCCCUAUGUGGAAGCCUCAAGGGAACCUCAGCAGAGGGGAUAAAAUAGCUAGGGCCACUGUGUAUAUGGUGGUCCUGAUCUACCUUUUCCUAGGCGUGUCCAUCAUCGCUGACCGGUUCAUGGCGGCCAUCGAGGUCAUCACCUCCAAAGAGAAAGACAUCAUCGUGAAAAGAAAGGACGGCACGACCCAGGUGGUCAGCGUCCGAAUCUGGAACGAGACCGUCUCCAACUUGACCUUAAUGGCCCUCGGCUCAUCCGCGCCAGAGAUCCUACUCUCCAUCAUCGAAGUCUGCGGUAAUAACUUUGACGCUGGGGAGCUGGGACCAGGGACCAUCGUGGGCAGCGCCGCCUUCAAUUUGUUCAUCAUCAUUGCCAUUUGCGUUCUGGUGGUGCCGAAGAACGAAGUGCGGCGCAUCAAACACUUGAGAGUAUUUUUCAUCACCGCCACCUGGAGUAUCUUCGCCUACCUUUGGCUGUACUUCAUUCUCUCUGUCCACAGCUACGGGGUCGUCGAUAUAUGGGAGGCUGUACUCACCUUUAUAUUUUUCCCCAUCACCGUGCUGACAGCUUACAUCGCCGAUAAAAAACUUCUGGUAUACAAAUUCUUAUCUAAAAAGUACGCGCCGGGUGGUAGGAAUAUCACGGUCCCGUCUGAGGGUAAACACGACGUGGAAUUGGCUGACGGAAAGGCGAAUCCUCUUACGGAAGAGAUGAUAGCCCACGGAGGAGAUCAGACCGACGUUCAGGAAUUCGAGGAGCACAAGCAAGACUUCGUGUCCAUCCUAAGAGAGCUGAAAAAGAAGCACCCCAACAUGGACCACAAAACGCUCAACGAGAUGGCGGAGUAUGAAGUUUUAAACAAAGGCCCGAAAUCCAGAGCGUUUUACAGAAUGCAGGCCACCAGGACGAUGACAGGGGGAGGUAACGUGAUCAAGAAGGCGAAGCUGGAGAAGAUCGCGGACAUGAUCGAGGAAAAGCCUGAAAUCCAGCACGACGACAACUGCACUCGUAUUUUCUUCCAGCCGAGUCAGUACACUGUCAUGGAAAACGUGGGCUCCUUCACGGUGACAGUCACCAGGGAGGGCGGCAACCUGGGACAGGUCUGUCUCGUGGACUACUUCACGGAGAACGGCACGGCCACGGCUGGGGAAGACUACAUCGAGGCUGCUGGCACUCUGAAGUUUCUCCCCUACGAGAAGCACAAGCAAUUCGAGGUGACGGUCCUUGACGACGACGUGUUCGAGGAAGACGAACAUUUUUACAUUCACCUGAAGAACCCUCGCCUACAGAAAGCCAACGAGUCGUACUCGUCUCUGGCCAAUGAGGUGACACUGUCUCAGCCGUCCAUGGCCACUGUGAUGAUAAUCGACGACGACCACCCUGGAAUCUUUCACUUCGAGACCUCGGAGAUGACGGUGAAUGAGAACGUCGGGGAGGCGCAAGUCAAAGUUGUCAGAUCCUCCGGCGCACGAGGCGCUGUCAAAAUUCCGUAUUUCGCUACGGACGGAAAGGCCAAACGAGGGUUGGACUACGAGCUAGUUGGCGACCACGUGAUCUUUGAGAAUGACCAGACUGAACAAUUCAUCAAAGUUCGCAUAAUAGACGACGAGGAAUACGAGAAGUCAGAAAACUUCCUUCUUUACUUAGGGGAACCGAUUUUACUGAAAACCAGCAAAGGCAAAAAACGACGUGAAUUUGUCUGUGAGCAACUAUCCUCUUGUGUCCAGGGGACAACGCAAAGUUCAUUGACACUCGCAUCAGAGUCCGUACCUAAGCGACAGUCCAUUGUAGAACGCACUUCGUUCAGUGCCCAAAUGAGGAAACGAAUCUCCGCCAAAUUCACAAGAGAAGACGAAGACGAGGCUAAGGCUGCCUCAGACAUUGACGAUGUCCCGGAUUCCGGAAAGCCACGUCUCGGUGACUGCAACGCUAUUUCUAUUCAUAUUAAAGAGUCUCAGGAAUUUAAGAGUACGGUGGACAAGCUCAUGAAGAAGGCCAACGUGUCCAACAUGGUCAGCACAUCGUCCUGGCGUGAGCAGUUCCUUGAAGCCGUAACGGUCAGCUCAGGUGACGAGAAUGAUCUGGAAGAGGACAUUGAGGCAGAGGAGAAACUGCCCUCGUGCCUGGACUACAUUAUGCACUUUUUAACGCUCUUCUGGAAAUUACUAUUCGCCUGUGUCCCGCCAACAGACUAUUGUGGCGGCUGGGCCUGUUUCUAUGUCUCUGUCAUUGGAAUCGGAUUUCUGACGGCUAUCAUUGGGGAUGUGGCCUCCAGCUUUGGUUGUACUAUAGGACUCAAAGACUCCAUCACGGCCAUCUCCUUUGUAGCCUUAGGAACAAGUGUACCAGACACAUUCGCCAGUAAAGUUGCAGCAGUGAACGAUCGCUACGCCGAUUCGUCCAUUGGCAACGUGACCGGAAGCAAUGCUGUCAACGUGUUUCUGGGUAUCGGCAUCGCCUGGACAAUCGCCGCCAUAUAUCACGCUUCUCACGGAAAUAAGUUCUACGUCAACCCGGGUGACCUGGCCAUGUCGGUCACCGUGUUCUGUGUCAUGGCUCUGCUGGCCAUCGCCAUCUUGAUGCUCAGGAGGCUUCCUGUCGUGGGCGGAGAACUGGGGGGGCCGACCAAGCUCAAAUAUGCCACGGCCGUGGUUAUGAUUAUAUUUUGGCUGAACUACCUGGUCAUAUCAUCACUGGUCACUUACUGCUAUAUUCCAGGAUUUUAAGAAAAUUUAAUGCCAAAAUCGGAAUGCAUUGAUGUAAUUUAUGGCUUCUGUUUCAUUGUUAACAAAUUACUUUGAGGUAGAUUUGGAUUCUAUACCGUUUUGAUCAAAAUGUGUUUGUAGCUAUAUAUGAAAUUGUUUGUGAGAUCAGGUAUUGGUUUGUUGAUGAACUUCUUUUGAUAUGUAGCGUUCAAAGUUUUGUGUUGAUACAGAAAAGACCGACAUUUGUUUCAAUAGACCUGCAGGUGUCAGCCAAACACAGAAGCCCUUGACGGAUAAAAAAUUAUGAAAUCCUUUUUUUUUUUUUGCGCCCUCCGAUGGAAGGGUCAUAUUUACAUUUUCUACCUCCCCCAGUCAUGCUCCAGCUGCAACGGACAUUGCAGCAUCACGUGCAGACAUUUACAGACAGACAUACAGACGGACAGUUAGACAUUUUUAUUCAUCCCAUCUCAUAUAUUUAUAUCCAUGUAGGCUAAUGCCCUUUUGUAUACACAGAGUACCAUCGACGUGAAAUCCAUAUGAAAUACUCUACAGAGGUACACUUCCUGUUGCCAAAUAUUAUUUUAAAUAGCCACCUAUUUUGAGACGAUUGCAUAAGUAGAUAUAUUAUUCUAAUUACUGAACUUUUUGGUUGGACAUUAGAAUUGUUAUCAGGUUUAUCCUGGGAAAAAAAAAAGCUAUAAGUCCGUAGUUGAGGAAUGUAUAAUUUCCUGUGGCUGCGCAUCCCCAGCUGUGAAUUACAUGUUUGGCACAUCCAGGGCAAGUAUAACCAUUGUCCGCAGGUGGUCGAUUUAGAUUUUCCUCUCAUUCGCCGUCUUCGCCUGUCCUCGGCAGCGGAUUUUCUUUUGGUCUCAAAUGUGUAUCCCGCGGCCUUCGAAAGUGACCUCCAUCUGUCUCGUUUUGAGGCCGCAGGCAAUCAGGUGCUCUCUUCUAUGUCGGCUACGGCAAGUGGGCGCCUAAGCUGGUCUUUAAAGCGUUUCCGUGGAGCACCUCUGUUACGUCGACCAUUUUUUAGCUCCCAAAAAGACUGCCUUUGGCAUACGUUCGUCUCCCAUACUGAAUACGUGCCCUGCCCAGCGUAACUGUCGGACAAUAAGAAGUCCCUCUAUACUGUCCAUACCGGCGUUCGCAAGAACAUCGCUAUUUGUAAUGCAACAAGUCUUCGUUGCUUUCUGUAUAGUACCCAUGUCUCAGGUCCAUUAUAGAAGGAUUGUGAGAACUACCGCUUGGUAGAUAAGACAUAUGAUGUUUCAACAUAGAUGCUAGAUAUUAACAUUUUGUUCUUAAGAAUGUUAAGUAAAUCUCAGCUCUAUAGGUAUAGUAUUCCAACAUCCCCAGCGCAAUACAACAGCAACAGAAGUGAACUUGUACCGAGAAUGGCUCAAGCAUCGCUUGUUAUUAAAUGUUGCUACAACCUUAAUAAGCAUUGGUGUCGUCCGGCGCGGUCCAAAAAGAAAAUAACUACACCUUUGCAAGCUGAUGUUGAUCAGUGUCAAGAAAAAUAAAAAUCGGCUUGUGAAAAAAAAAGGGCAGGUUAGCCAAGACGGUAUUCAUACGAGUCUGAAAAUGUUUGGUUAUUUCCCUUGGUAUUUAACCCUCCAAAUAUAAUUAAUAGUGGCUCUGUUUGUGUGUGCGUUGUGUGUAGCCAAAUAAAUACAAUGUCGAAAGGUUUUUAAUGGUAUUUAAACAAUGUAAAGACAUUACAGAUGUAUCAAAGUGCAAUAUUAAGUGUAUCGUGGCCUGUUGUUUCGUGAUGUCAAAUGUCAACUGCUUAUUUCAUCAUGACAAGUGGACCAAUGUGACGCACAUUGACAUCAUCUAACCAACACUUGUAAGGAGCACCGGCUUCAGUUGGUGGAUUCAUUUACAACACUAGAGAUCAUGUGUCUUUGUUUCCACUUGAAUGAUUUAAAAUAAAUUACACAACUAGACAUCAUAAAAUGUGUGUGUGUGUGUGUGUUCGGUACUUGGUCAUUUGAAAGUUUUGUCACAUGACUGAAAAAUAAGAUAUGUGGGUUCUUGUGUUACUUCAGUCAAUAAAUUAUGUGUUUAUGUGUUCUUUUGUGUUACUUCAGACGAUAAAUCAUGUAUGUAUGUGUUCUUGUGUUUUACUUCCGGAUAUAAAUUAUGUGUGUAUGUGUUCUUGUGUUUUACUUCAGGAUAUAAAUUAUGUGUGUAUGUGUUCUUGUGUUUUACUUCAGGAUAUAAAUUAUGUGUGUAUGUGAUCUUGUGUGUUACUACAAAUAAUAAGAUGUGUGUGUUCUUGUGUUACUAGAUACUAAAAGAUAUGAGCUUUCAUUUGUUACUAGAGGCUAUGAGAUAUGUUUUUUCAUUUGUUACUAGAGACUAUGAGAUAUGUUUUUCAUUUGUUACUAGAGGCUAUGAGAUAUGUUUUUUCAUUUGUUACUAGAGACUAUGAGAUAUGUUUUUCAUUUGUUACUAGAGGCUAUGAGAUAUGUUGUUCAUUUGUUACUAGAGACUGUAUAUGUUUGCCCGAUGUUUCUGGCUGAGGAGUGUUAAGUUUGUGGGUUGGGGAAUAUUGCAAGAGUUUGUAUCUAGUGUCGUGAAAGCAUAUCUUGAUAAUAGAGAAGAUAGACUAUUUCAACAGAGUGAAUAGGAAAGAUACGUCAUACAGUAAGAAACCGGCAUAUCUUCAUGCGUUGAAUCUUUCGCUUUUUGAGAAAUAUUGCCUAAAAGAACCAAAUGGCCUCUUGUAGACAUGAAGCCCAAACCUCCUAAUGGGAAUGACGAUGUUCAGGGCUUGAACUCGAGAUCAAUCACACCGACGUUCCAAGAUGCAAACCACAACGCCAGACACUCCUGAUAUUCUUAGCGUCAUUUUUGCCUUUCAGGCGUGGUCACACGUAGCGUGUAAACCUAAUGAAGCACAGUGGUAUUGUAUGGUUGAACGUUGCACGUAGCAAAAUGUCUAGCAGUGAUAGUCUUGUAUACUUUGUCUUGUACAAAUCCAUAAAAUGAUGUAUAGUAAUAGUCUAGUAGUAUGACCUCCGUCAGUCGCAAUGGAUCAUCUCAUGGAAAUGAGAUGAAUGCCUAGGCAUUAGCUGUGGUCGGAGCGAUGUCGCUCACAAAUCAGUCCCCCCCCCCGCUCCACACAAAGGAACGGCAGUGCCGAUACAGUUUGGGGUCAGGGGCGUAGCAAGCCCGCCGCCAUAAAUAUUUGGGCCCCAGACAAUAGGGAACGUGUGUACCCCUCUGCAUCAUAGCCUUGAAAUACGCCUACAAGACCCGCUCCUUCUGUUGGGACCCCAGGCUAGAGUCCUGUUUAAUUAGAGGCACUAGAUGUAGGCUUAGAGGCACUAGACGUAGGCUUAGGGGCACUAGGUGUAGGCUUAGGGGCACUAGGUGUAGGCUUAGAGGCACUAGAUGUAGGCUUAAAGGCACUAGAUGUAGGCUUAUACACCACACAAACACGACUGUUUCUUCUCACAUGCUUUUGUCUUAACACUAAGGAACAAUGAACUGUAUUAAAACAAACACAAGUGAAUGUGACUAUAGCAGAUGUAGGCCUUACUGAAAAGUUACUGUACGAGUGAGGUGUACAUUUGUUUUAUAUAUGAAUAGAUGUCGGUUGUAGGAGCAUGAAAUAUAUUAUUUGAUAGGUUACCAAUAAAUAUGGCAUCAACAUUUAGGCCUUAAGCUACAUCUAAAUCUAACCAACACGUAGGUCUAUGAAAUAAUAUAGAUCCAUAACAUUUAGGCCUUUAGCUACAUCUAAAUAUAACUAACACGUAGGUCUAUAAAAUAAUAUAGCUCCAUAACAUUUAGGCCUUUAGCUACAUCUAAAUAUAACCAACACGUAGGUCUAUAAAAUAAUAUAGCUCCAUAACAUUUAGGCCUUUAGCUACAUCUAAAUCUAACCAACACGUAGGUCUAUGAAAUAAUAUAGCUCCAUAACAUUUAGGCCUUUAGCUACAUCUAAAUCUAACCAACACGUAGGUCUAUGAAAUAAUAUAGCUCCAUAACAUUUAGGCCUAGAACUAUAAAGUCAAUGGUAGUAAAUAAGUAAACCUAAUAUUGAGGUCUAUGAAAUAAUAUAGCUCCAUAACAUUUAGGCCUUUAGCUACAUCUAAAUCUAACCAACACGUAGGUCUAUAAAAUAAUAUAGCUCCAUAACAUUUAGGCCUUUAGAUACAUCUAAAUCUAACCAACACGUAGGUCUAUGAAAUAAUAUAGCUCCAUAACAUUUAGGCCUUUAGCUACAUCUAAAUCUAACCAACACGUAGGUCUAUGAAAUAAUAUAGCUCCAUAACAUUUAGGCCUUUAGCUACAUCUAAAUGCAUUUAGGCCUAGAACUAUAAAGUCAAUGGUAGUAAAUAAGUAAACCUAACAUUGAGGUCUAUGAAAUAAUAUAGCUCCAUAACAUUUAGGCCUUUAGCUACAUCUAAAUAUAAUUAACACGUAGGUCUAUAAAAUAAUAUAGCUCCAUAACAUUUAGGCCUUUAGCUACAUCUAAAUAUAAUUAACACGUAGGUCUAUGAAAUAAUAUAGCUCCAUAACAUUUAGGCCUUUAGCUACAUCUAAAUAUAAUUAACACGUAGGUCUAUGAAAUAAUAUAGCUCCAUAACAUUUAGGCCUAGAACUAUAAAGUCAACGGUAGUCAAUAAGUCAACCUAACAUUGAGGUCUAUAAAUAACAUGGUUGAAAAUAAUGGUAUAUCCGGUGUGCAGAAUGAAGGAAGUGAUGACAAACUAGUUGUUUUUUUUAAUAAAGGUUAAAAUAAUGUUUGUGCACCUUUUAGCACUGCAGAAUCACAUUUUCUAAACUCUUCCUUCUGCAGCCUUUUUUUUUUUUGUUUUGUUAUUUAGUUGGCUACAUUGAAGGUCAAUUAAGCGACCUUGACACUGUUUAGAUUUUGAUGAAAAUCCUCACUUUAACACGUAGGUCUAUUUGUCAUAUCUUAUACAAUACAGACGUUACUUCAAAAAAGAAGAUGAUUGCGUCCUACGCGUCAUGCAUCUAGUCAUGCAUAUUAACCAAUGACUUAACUUCUGCCAAGUUUUCCUGGCUGGCUCAGGCAACCCAAUCCAUGCUCUAAUAGCGCUAGGGAAGAAGGAGCAUUUGUCUUUUGGUCUAUAACUAUACUAUUCUAGAACUAUAACAUCUAGGACUAUGAGUAUGCCUAGCUAUAAAAUUAGUUGUAUAGUUAGGUCAUUAAGACUAUUAUAUUUAGUACUAUAAAAUGUAGGUCUAUAAGCAUAACCUUUAGAUCUGUAAUCGUUAAAUGUAGGUCUAUAUUUUCACAUUUAGGCUUUAACACUCAUUUGCUAGAGCGAUUGUACUAUGUUAUGUUAUUAGUAAAAUGUCUGUAGGCGAGGCUUAAGGAUGAUUUGUUUGGAAGAUUUGGGAGUGAGUGCCUUAUAAUUGGUUGACCUUUUUUUAUGCAAGUCGUUGUAUAUUUCAUGUUAACUGUUUAUUUCAAACAUAAAUUUAGCCCUAAAUCUAAUUAUUGUUUAUUUUAUUGAAAAAAAACAUGUUAUGCAAUUUUUUCUCUUUACCGUGUUAACUUAAAUUUCGUUACUGGCUCAGAUCUAAAAAUAAGCAAUUGUCUUUAGGGGAGGUAAUUCAACAUAAAAUAUUUUUACUUUUUUUGCGUUAACAUAAUAAUAUGGCAUAAUGGAAAAAUAAAAUUGUUGAAGUCAUUAUACAUGUAAGAUUGUAAUUAUUGUUAGUUGUAAUGUCUAUUUUUAGACGCCUCACACUGAUUAAUACGAAAAUAGUUGGACAAAGGAAUCAGGGAUCUGACGUCUUGCAGCAGACGCCAUGUUUGAAAAGAUUAAUUUGCAAAACAAAACACUUAUUUUAAAUUGUAUAUUGUGCAAUGCAGUAUUUUAUACAUUGGUCUUCCAUUAAUGUAGAGGUAGAACUAGACAAUGACCACUUCAAUUUUAAUACUAUUGUCUCCAGUACAGUAAACCUGAGUAAACCAUGGAAGGAAGUCAUAGUCGAUUUCCGAAUGGAAUGAUUCUUAAAGAAACAUUUAUGAAUUUUCUUAUUUUUUUAAAGAAGCAAUCCUACUGGUCAAUUGAUGCCUUUUUUUAAAAGAACCAAAUCUCUCGAUAAACUGAUGUCGUUUUAAAACAAGCAAUUUCAUUGGUUACAAUAAUACUGCGAAAGCGUUAUUUCGGUGACGAACUGUAUCAAACAUGCAUUUUGUUUUGGUAUUUAUAUAUUGAAUUUAACAUUUUGUUUUAAAUGGACAACUUGACAAAUUGUUUCGUUUUUUUUUCUGUGUACAUAUUUUUUUGUUACCUUGCGGUGAAUAAACCCAUUCUUAUGUUUCUUUUUUUCCCCCCUCAGUCCUGGGCUAGAAUGUAUAUAUAAUUCGUUUUUAUCUCAAAGACUUUAUCUCCCGGACUCCCAUGUGUAGCCUCAAUUUUAUUUCUAUGUUUAUAUAUGUAUGUGUUAUUUCUAUUUAUAGACGUGACUUCAAACACUAGUAGCGAGAGUAAAUUUUUUUUCCCUCUGAGCCUGCAAGAACUUUCCGAAGUGAAGAGUGACUUGCAUCUGUUCACGUUGUUUGUGUAUUUUUUCUCUAUUUUUAAGAUUAAUGUUUCUAAUAUAUUUGACAUUGACAAACACCAA